UCUUCAUUUCUACUUCCUUCGCCUCUCUGCAUUCUCAUUUCCUUUCUGAGGCAAACGAUACCCAUAAUUCGUUAAGCUCAUUGCUUACAUUUUCCUGGAAAAUUCAAAUCCUUUUUCGGACUCAUAAGUUCACAAUACUCAGUUACAAAAGAAAAAGAAGUUUCAAAAGUCCGAAUUUUCCCGGAAAAUCUGUCAGUUUCCCGGAAAAUCUUUCCAUGUCAAAAACAGCUUUCUGUCUUUCUAACUGAUUCGAAGCUCAUUAAGUCAAUCUGAAGUUAUCUUCAGAAUAAUCUAAUAUAUUUCACUCAAUUGUGUGGAGAUGGAGAAGCAAACGCUAAAGUACUUACCUCUGGGUCAGAGCGAUCCCUUUGGCAAUAAUGACAAUGGCAAUGGCAAUGUCAACGAAGGAACCAUCGGCGAUCUCCUCCUCGGCAGGUUCUGCAACCCUCAAGACAUCUCACCACAAUCCUUCUCCCCUGGGAUCCGGUUCCCUCCUUACCCGGGUCAAUUCGGAUCCGAUCCCGACAGCAACAAGAGCUCGUCGCUGUUGGAUCCAGAUUCGGAUCGGUUUCAGACACCGAAACCAAACUCCAGGAAGAGAAAAUCGAUCCCUGUCCCUGUCGGAAACGGCAAGGAGUCUCCAGCUUCGUCUUCUCUUACCGCUUCUCAUUCAAAGAUGUCAGGAGAGAAUGUUGUAUCGAAAGAUGGGAAGAGAAGCAAGCAUGAUGAAGCUGGGAGCAGUAAGAAGGUAAUAGACAAGUGUGAUGAUAGUAAGGACGAUGCAAAGAAAGAUUACAUUCAUGUUAGAGCCAGAAGGGGUCAAGCAACCGAUAGCCAUAGUCUCGCUGAAAGAGCCAGAAGAGAAAAGAUCAGCGAGAGGAUGACAAUGCUUCAGGAUCUUGUUCCUGGUUGUAACCGGAUCACAGGGAAAGCUGUUAUGCUUGAUGAGAUUAUAAACUAUGUGCAGUCUUUACAGAGACAAGUCGAGUUCUUGUCAAUGAAACUGGCUACUGUAAAUCCAAGGAUGGAGUUUAAUGCUAAUGCUGCUUUAUCCACAGAGAUGAUUCAGCCGGGGGAGUCAUUAACGCAGUCUCUUUACGCAAUGGCUUGCUCAGAGCAAAGGCUUCUCAGACACAUGCCUAGAUACUCAGACACACAGUUUCCCUCGAGUGAUGGGUUUGUUCAAGCUGAGACACCAGGGUUUUGGGAAAAUGAUCUGCAAAGCAUUGUUCAGAUGGGGUUUGGAGAUAUCCAGCAACAACAUAGCAACAACAACAACUGUUCCGAGCCAACACUACAGAUGAAGCUUGAGCCAUAAAAGCUAGGUGUUUGUUAUUGUAUCUCUCUGUACAGACAGAAACCAAGAAGUGAUGUGUACGGAGUGAAACAUGUGGCAACUAACGUUUACUAUCUUUUUUCUUUGUUUGUGUCAUCUGUUAAUUUCUUCUCAACCCCAAAAAGAAACAAAAAAAUCUUCAUAUCAUGUUAAAAAUACCAAUAAUCUUUUUAUGGACAA